AUGUCUGAGCCUACGUCAGAUCCAGGGUAUACUGGAACGGGAACUGGAGGAGACGUUUUCCAGGUCGACUUGAGCAAGCAGUUCAACCAGGGCGACAUGGUGUGGAUCGGCAUCUCCGCCGUGAUCGUGUCGCUCAUGAUCCCCGGGGUCGGUUUGUUGUACUCGGGUAUCUCAAGAAAAAAACACGCCCUUUCCUUGUUGUGGGCCUCGAUGAUGGCCGGUUGCGUUACCGCUUUCCAGUGGUAUUUCUGGGGCUAUUCCUUGAUUUUCGCUCAUAACGGCUCGCGCUUCUUGGGCACCUUGCAGAACUUUUGCUUGAAAGAUGUCCUUGGUGCCCCCUCGGUGGUGUCAUCCUUGCCCGAUAUCCUCUUUUGCUUCUACCAAGGUAUGUUUGCCGCAGUCACGGGUAUUUUGGUGGUUGGUGCCGGGUGCGAAAGAGCUAGAUUGGGUCCCAUGAUGGUGUUUUUGUUCAUUUGGUUGACAGUGGUUUAUGCGCCAAUUGCCUACUGGACCUGGGGUGGCGACGGAUGGUUGAUCCACUUGGGCGCCUUGGAUUUCGCCGGUGGUGGUCCCGUUCACGAAAACUCGGGCUUUUCAGCUUUGGCCUACUCGCUUUGGUUGGGUAAGAGACACGAUCCAUUGACCGCGGGCAAGGUCCCCAAAUAUAAGCCCCACUCGGUCUCCUCGAUCGUCUUGGGUACCGCGUUCCUUUGGUUUGGCUGGUUUGGUUUCAACGGUGGCUCCACUGGUAACGCCGACAUUAGAUCCUGGUACGCCUGUGUCAACACCAACAUUGCUGCCGCCUUCGGUGGAUUAACCUGGAUGCUUGUCGACUACUGGAGAACCGGCGGUAAAUGGUCCACCGUUGGAUUGUGUACCGGUAUCAUCGCCGGUUUGAUUGGUAUCACCCCUGCCGCCGGUUACGUGCCCGUUUACUUUGCCAUGAUUUUCGGAAUCAUCCCCGGUAUCGUGUGCAACUUUGCCGUCGACUUGAAGAUGUACUUGGGAAUCGACGACGGUAUGGAUGUCUGGGCCUUGCACGGUAUUGGUGGUUUGGUAGGUAACUUGUUAACCGGUUUGUUUGCUGCUGACUACGUCGCCAUGAUUGACGGUACCGAAAUCGAGGGCGGCUGGAUCAACCAACACUACAUCCAAUUAGCUUACCAACUCGCAGGCUCAGUUGCCGUUGCUGCGUGGUCCUUCGGCGUCACCUCGAUCAUCUUGUUGGCCAUGGACAGAAUCCCCUUCUUGAGACUCAGAUUACACGAAGACGAGGAAAUGUUGGGAACCGACUUGGCCCAGAUUGGUGAGUUUGCCUACUACCAAGACGACGAAGAAGUUUCCCCCUAUGUGUUGGAGCCUAUCAGAUCUUCUGAAGCGAUGAAGGAAAAAUUAAAGGCUUCUACAACAAACACCGCUGAAGAGCAGCCUAUUCCAGAAGAAAUCGAAGGUAUUGAAAACGAAAAUAGCAAUACCGACGAAUCAACUUCAAAGAAAUAG